AUGCCCAGCCUAACCGUGGGCAUGGAGAGCAGCCCCACGGACCAGCAGAAUCGUCGUCCCCGACACUGGCGAGAUUGGACGGGAGAAGAAUUUCUGAACCCCAUGACGCAGGCUGACCAGAAAGAUUACAACCUGGCAACGUGGUGGUCUAAGUGGUUCAUGGCAAACGCCUUCAUGGUGGAACCGCGGGACGUAAGUGGUCCCCGCAAGCAGAUGGCCACGCCAAGACGAGAAAUCGGAAAUGAGGGACAAUGGCGAGAUCAAGAUCAAGAAUGGCAGCAGUGGACUGCGGAUGCGUGCAACCACCCUCAAGGCUUGUGGAAUGAGUGGCGCGAGUGGGACGACUGGUAUAGACACACCCAAACUGGCAGCCGUGUGAAAAUUCCGGAAAUUACUCCACGGGAAGUCCGACCAAGACGCCCAGAAAGGCAAGCCCGAUGGAGCGACCGUAUGGCACACAACCCGCCUAUGAUGAACCGUGGUGGUAGGGAGACCCAUCCAGAACAUGGCCAUGGACAACAGUCGGAGAACGGAGACGGCGGGCAAGGUCACAGCGCGCAAAAACAAUGCCCGCAACGCCGAAAACAAGCUGACCAGCUGCGCAAGACCCUUGCGAAGAACCAGCGCGUGAAAUGCAACGACAAAGCCAGCAAAAGGACAGAUGGCGACCUGAAAACGACCACGGACAAGAACAUGAAGUCCCGGAACAGACAGCAGGUUCAAGAGGCCAACGAACGAGCGGCAAGAUCAUCAUGCGUGCUAAACUAUGUCGUUUUCUCCGAUGGCGGCAUCCAAGAUCUGCAGCAUACUGGUGACACUAGUGCCCUGCGGGUGGAGGUUCAAACGUUUGACAUGCAAAGUGCUGAAAGCCUUUACGUGCUCGUGAAUGAUACUCAUGAGAUGCAGCAUUUGCUGCAGAAUGCUUCCGAUUCUGGGAGAAACGUUUCCUUGCAUAUGGUCAUGCCUGCAAUCCUGGAGUACCGGAUGGUAGUCAAUGUGGCGGCAUUUGCCGCGGGCUGGGAGGCUGCAGAUCUCACGCCAGACGUUGACGACUUGACGCGGGAAUUUUCUAAGGGAUACGGGCGUACGAUGGAGCUCUUGGUCUUGGCGUCACCCCUGGCAUCUGAACCGACCACGACCCGCCCGCCUCCUAUCAGCUUAGAGAAUAUUUCGACAAGCACGGCUGCCAGCCCAUCCACCACAUCAGGAUCCCCGGCGUCCUCCACAUCCUCAGGAAAUGGCUGCGUGGAAUUGUUGGUGAAGAGUGCCGGCUCGCAGGACGGCAAUUUCGCAGAGUUCUACAUCGAUGGUGUGCAGGUAGACCUGGUCUCGGGGCGUGGUCUGAGUGUUGUAGUCGUGGAAGACUCAAACGUGUCCGAGAUGCACGUCUUUGACACAGGCUUUCAAGCCAGCGGUUCGGCGCCUCUGGCCGCACUGCUGGAUGGGCUUCCGGAAGGCGCGGGCAUUAUGUUGGCUGCCAUGGAUGAUGCUUCAGACAACUUGACCCUUGCAGCCAAGAGUGCUAUCAAGGGUUUCGGAGCACUGCAGAUCGACCAGCUGGCAUACAGAAGCUCGUACGCAUUGAUUGGAGUUAAGGGGCAAUCUGCAGUAGCAGAGAAGCUGGCUGCAUCUGGUGACGGGCCUGUGCAGAUCAGUGGCCGAAACAUUUGGAAGCCAGAAUGUGCCGGAACGACCUCAUCAGCUGGCGUGAAUACAGGUGAUCCUUUGGUGCUGCGAGUUCGUAGUGCAGGGGCAGCCGAUGGUAACUUUGUGGAGUUCUCGGUAAACGGGGUGCUUGUUGACUUGGAUCCUGGGCGUGGACUGAGCGUCGUCUCUUUGCAAGAGGAUGGUCAAGUGAUGGAGAAGCGUGUGUUUGACACUGGCUUCGAAGGCUCAGGCUCCGCACCACUGGUGAACUUCUUGCAAAAUCUGCCUCAUGGCACUAUCUUCAUGAUGGCCGCCAUGGAUGAUGCAACAGAUAGUCUGACUGAAGAGGCCAAGGCAGCCAUCGAGAGCUUGGGUGGGGCUGACAUCAGAAGCCUCGCCUACCGUGGCUCAUAUGCGCUUAUUGGUGUCAAAGGAGGCCCUGCACUUGCUGAAGGGGUCGCUGCAGCUGGAGCUGGCCCAGUCGAAGCUUCGCGCACCUGGAUUCCGGGCUCUCAGAGUUCUUCAACAUCCAGCCACCAAGACGAGUCAGAUACAGCGACGGCGACAACGACUUCACUCGACGGAACAGGUACCGGCCCCACAGCCGUGACCACAUCGGACCAUCACUUGACUAGCCUAUCUCAGCUUUCCUCAUCCAUGCAAAGCAGCACUGGCACCUCAGAGGUCCCGUCUUCCACUGCACGGAACUGGGAAUUCGUUGAUGCUUGCGGCAGAACACGCUGGCAAUCCAUCGUGGCCCUGCUUAUCGUGGGCAAGCUAAUGCUCGACGGCACUGGGUGA